AUGGCGCAACCAACCGUCCGCUCCGCUUAUGACCCCAAGAGCAUGAAGUUCCGCUACCUGGGCCCCACCGGUCUCCAGGUCUCGGUCUUCUCCCUCGGUGGCUGGCUCACCUACGGAGGCACCCAGAAGGGCUCCAUUGUCAAGGAGAUCCUGCAGACGGCUUGGGACCAUGGCAUCCAAACAUUCGACACCGCCGAGAUCUACGCCAACGGUGCCUGCGAGGUCGAGAUGGGCACCGCCCUCAAGGAGCUCGACUGGCCCCGCGACGAGUAUGUCCUGAUCACCAAGGUCUUCUUCGGCACCGGGCGCAAGGAGCCCAACACUCGCGGCCUCUCGCGAAAGCACGUCAUCGAGGGCCUCAAGUCCAGCCUGCAGCGCCUGCAAACCCCCUACGUCGAUGUCGUCUUCGCCCACCGCCCCGACGUCGGCACCCCCCUCCUGGAGAUCGUCGAGGGCUUCACACAAGCCAUCCGCAACCUCAACCUCGCCUACUACUGGGGCACGAGCGAGUGGAGCGCCCAGCAGAUCGCCGAGGCCACCAGGCUCGCCGAGAAGCACAACCUUAUCGCCCCCAUCGCCGAGCAGCCCCAGUACAACGCCUUCCAUCGCGAGCGCUUCGAGGUCGAGUUUAAGCCCCUGUUUGACCAGUUCAACUACGGUACAACCAUCUGGAGCCCCCUCGCCAGCGGCCUGCUGACCGGCAAGUACAACGACGGCAUCCCCGAGGGCUCGCGCUUCGCCACCAACAAGGACUUCUUCGAGAACACGGUCAAGAGCCUGCAGACGGACGAGGGCAAGGCCAAGAUCGAGAAGGUCAAGAAGCUGACCAAGAUCGCGGAGAAGCUGGGCGGCAACACGUCGCAGCUCGCCCUCGCCUGGGCCGCCAGCAACCCCAACGUCAGCACCGUCAUCCUCGGCGCCACCAAGAUCGAGCAGAUCAACGACAACAUCAAGGCGCUGGCCCUGCUGGACAAGCUGACGCCCGAGGUCAAGGAGGAGAUCGAGGCGGUGCUGGACAACAAGCCCAAGCCCACGGCCACGUUCAACCGAGAGAGGUGA